UUCUGUAGUCUAUGGUAAAUGAUAUAGCUUCUCGUAACGCGCUACGAUUUUAUAGAAUGUGUUUGGAAAUAAACAGUUUUGGGGUAUAUAAUACAAUAUAAUAAGUUUAUGUGUUGUUAUUAAUGUGAAUUAUGAUUGUGCUUUCUGAUACUUACAACAAAAUUAUGGUUUGGUAAAUCUGAUAACACCAAUCUACGCUCGACAAAGUGACGCCAUUUUACGGGAAUGACCAGCCCGCGGCUGCCUCAUAAUAGGCCUGAUGUAAGGAACGCUGUUCUCAAACGGAUGCAUGGAAAAAGAUCUCGAUUUUUGUACUCGUACUGGACGUACGAUUUCACAGAAAACUAUGGAAGAUGGUAAUAUAUCAAAUUCGAGAGAUGAUAAUAAUUCCCCAGCGGCGCCAUGUAACUUAUACGGUGAUCGUGCAUCAUUAUUAACAGCAAAUGGACACGACUUCGCAGGCGAACCUUCCAGUCCCCCGGAUCAGACAUUUGAACAAAACCGGCAAAUUAGUGAUUCCCAACAUGAUGAAAAAUUUAAGAAACGAAUUAACCCUUUAAGAAUACACCUUGGGAAAAGACCUUUUGUGGAUAAUGCUAUUGCCUAUAAUACAGUGUGUAAAAAGAAGAGACUUCUCUCAGUGAAACCAAGUGAAACAAAUGUUAAAAAAGUGAACAUACCUAGAGUCCCUAAACUUAUACCAAAACAUAUAGAUCAUAAGUUUCAUAAUGUUACAUCACAAUUUGUGGAUAAUGAGCAAGACAAACCUGUGCCUCGUCUUGUACCCAAAAGCCAAUUAUCACAAUUUAAAAAAAGUAAGAUUGAAAAGAGCCCCCAGCUAAAAGAUUAUGCUCAGAGUUUAGGUUUACAGCCAAUGGUAAAGUUUAAAUGUCGGAAAUGUUGCUCUAUGUCAUUCAAAACUUUAGCAAUGUUGAAAGAACAUCAGUUAGUAUGUCGAGCUCAAGCAAAAGAACCAGCAAUAAGCCCAGGUAGUGUAACUCAUGUAGACACCAGUACAAGUGGACCUUCUAGAGUAACUCGCAAAGUUUAUUUAUGCUCAGCUUGUGGAACAUACUAUGAAAAUUGGAACUUGUUCUUGCACAUGAGAGAAGUACAUAACAGGCAUAUAUGUUUAUUCUGUCUAGGUAUGUUUUCAAAAGCUGAAAAGCUAUCAUCACAUUUAACAAACAAACAUUACGUACAAGAGUUCAAUUACAAUUGCAAAGAAGAAUUUCGCAAAAUUUACAAUGGCAGCUUUUAUUUAAUGUGCUGUGCAUGUGAUGAAAUAUGCAGUGAAAAAGAUGAUUAUUUUAAUCAUGAUUGCAAUAAUAUUAAGCCAAAACCUGUUCCAGUUUUGAUUAGUAAAAAUUCUUUGAAAAAUAACAUGAAGCCUACAAAAGUUUGUAUAGAGAGUACAUCAAAUGGAUCUAUUUCAAAAGAUGUAAUCAAACAGAAUGGUGAUAAAAGGGAUGACAUUGAACAUAAAAUUGAAACAAUCACAACUCAAUCCCAGAAAUCAACAUCUAUCAACAGCAUAGCUAACUAUGAAAAUGGAAGCAGUGACAUAAGUUUUAGUUCCAGUAGUUCUAUUACAGACUGUAAAGAUACAAGUACUACUAUUGAAUCUGCAACAGAAAUGGAGAGUCCAAAUCCUAAAGUUUUAUUUAGUCCAAAUACCCAGAUGGCUUCACAAAAUAUCCUGAAUGGUGAGGAUAAGGUUCAUACUAAUUUAUAUGAUCAUAGUAAUUCUCCAUCCACUAGUGAAACACAAGCUUCAGUACCUGACUCUAUUCUAUCGAAACCUGAGGAAUUACAUCCCCCAGAAAAAGAAUGUGGAAUAAAAUUAAAGCUCAGCUUAAAUAGCUCCAAGUCUCCAGUAAUUAUAAAUUCAACCGUCGACCCAACUGUAGGGCAACAAUACUCGCAAAGUCAUAAACCACCUACACGAAUUAGGAGGCCUCCAAAACGAUAUGAAAAAGAUAAACCCACCGAUCCUGUGUUACAACCUAAAAUAUCUUCAAUUAAAAUGACAAUUUGUGAUAAGGCAGACAGCCAAUUUGUUAAAACUACAUUUUAUGAGAACAACAAAGAGACAACACUAGUAAAUAAUAACAUUGAACCUAUAUGUAAUACCUUUGAGAUAAAUUCAGACAACGCAAUUAAAACGACAAUUUAUGAUAAUAGCAUUGAAGAAAAUAAUACCUUAAACAGGGUUCCCAAACUAACAGUUAGAGUUCCCAAAGAGUUUCUUGAUAAAACUUCAUCUACUGAUGAAUCAUCUGAUAGUGACAGCAGUGAUAAAUUAACAGUAGAUGAAAAUGUGACAAAACAAGAAGAAGAUAAAAUAGAGGUAAAGCUUUUACAUGAGCCACAAACCACUUUGGAGUCAAUGAAGGUGUUUGAUUCAGUAGAUGAAAAUUUAACAAAUGAACCUGCCAAAGCGGUUGUUAAUAAUGAAGAAAAUCCACCAGAAGUAGCAAAAGAUACUAUUUCUAAAACUGAAGUUAAAUCAGAGCCACGUGAGCAAGAUGUUGUAGAUGAAAUCAAUGUGGAAGAAAUAACUCCAAUGGAAACUACACCAGCAAUUGAACUAACACUUGAUAGGCCCAUUGAUAAAUAUCCUCUAAAAAGCUUACUAAAGGUGUUUUUAGGGUUCACCUAUUUUAAUUGUAUUUAUUGUAAUCAUGCACGUAAAAUUGCAGUGAAUUGCAAACAGCUCGCCUCUCACAUGGUGGAAGAGCAUAAAUUUUCAGCGACAGUGAACAGUAUUACAGCCGAAGAGUUAUUGCCAGAGACAAUUGCUGCUAAAGUUAAAAUUAGGGUAGAUGAAGGUUCGUCAAUAUUCAUUAACUUGGACUCAUAUGAUAGUGAAGAGAUGUGUGAAAACAAUCAAAGCAGUGUAAAUUUUGAGUGUUUUCAGUGCUAUAUAAAAACUGCAAUUCAUAAAGAUCUCUAUUUACAUAAUCGAAAAAUGCACCAGAAAUCCAUAUUAUUAUGUAUUAUGUGUAAAAACAACUUUUAUACAUUUAGUGAAUUACUGUGUCAUUUAUGCCCUGGAACAUAUGAUUCUGAUUAUCUAAUUAAGUAUAGGUGUUGCUUUUGUAACAUAGACUCUAUAUCUUCAUCAUUUAGAUUAAUGGUGCAUCUUCGAAAGAUACACCAUACCUGUGAUGUGUGUUUAGAAUUUUGCCAAAGUCAGGCAAGGUUAUCUAACCAUGUUUGGAAACAUAAAUUACAUCAUUAUUGCUUUCGGUGUGGCAUUGCAUAUAGAAAUAAACCGGAUAUCAAUAAUCAUUUAUUCUGGAAACAUGGGACUGAGAGUGUGUUGUGUAAAAAGUGUCUUCAGAAAAAAUGGCCUCAUGUGUAUCAUUUCUGUAACCCUCCAGCAGUGUUUAUAUGUGAUGAAUGUAAUUUACAAUUUACAAAAGCUGUUUGUCUUAAAGUGCAUAAAAGACUACACUCAAGUGAAUUCCCUCAUUUAUGUACCGAACAAGGGUGUGAAGAAAAAUUCAUUUCGAAAAAGCUCUUAAAAAAACACAUAGAAGACCAUACAAAAAAGACAUUCAUAGAAAGUCUUGAUGGAGAGAAACCUAGUGUACCCAGCAGUAAUAAUGAAGCAUCUAAACAGAUACCCGUUAUUGAUUUAGUAAAUGAUACCCCUAAGAUUGUAGUAACUGAAACCAAAACAGAGACAGACACUAAACUUACUCCUAAAAAGUUAAAAAAGAAAAAAUUAAAAGACAGAGAUGCUUUAUUGCUGGAUGUUAAUCUACCAGCUUUAAAUUUAUCAGAAAGUGAUAGCAGUGAUGAGUCUGAUAGUGGACUUCCACCUUCUGUAAAUGAUGACCUACAGGAUAUAGCUAAAGUUGAAAUACCAGAGCUAUUAGAUAAAAAAGACGAGAGUAAUUGUACCAAUACGGAUAAAAACACUGAGGAUGAUAUACCUAAAGAUGAAGAAAAGCCUAUAUCGAAUGAAGUUAUUAAACCAGUGCCUUUUGAAGAAGAAAAGCCUGAGCCUGUUUUAGAAGAAAAACCUUGUGAACAACAAGUUUUAGAAAUAUGGGAUAACUUCCAAAAAUAUAAUUUGGCUAACAAUGUGGAACAGCCUAAAGAAAAGACACCACCUCCCCCAAGAAGAAGACAUGUUUGUGAAUCUGACCAUGACUAUUGCUUGAUACCAACUGAUAUGAAUGGGGAUGAAGAGUCAUUUAUUACAGAUAAAAAGAAAGCUAAAAAAUCUCCCAAAAAAAGACAUGGCGAUUUUUCAUCGUCUAGUAGUAGCAGUAGUGAUAGUGACUCCAGUUGCUCCUGUGGUUCAAACUGUAGUUGUUCUUCUAGUAGUGGGUCUUCUUCAUCAAGCUCUUCUGACUCUGAUUCAUCAGAUGAGUCUGGAAAUGAACGAACAAACCCAAGAAAGAUGAGAAAAUUGUCUCGAAAAACACUUCAAAAUAGAAGAAUGAGCAAUGGAUCUAAUGUCGAUGUUAUGGGUAUGACAGAAACCCCUGUCCUUGUUCCGGAGAAAACAGAACCUACAAUUGCUGAAACUGACCUAGAGACAGAUGAAAGUGAAACUGAUGAAGAAUUUUAUGACGCAAAUCCUCAGCUUAUCGCAAAUCAAUUACAAAUUGAAAAACGUAACCAACAAAUGCCCUCCUCUGUCGGCCUCACUGAUGGAAUUGAUAUUUCAGAAGUAAAGAGUUGUUCAACUCCUGUUAAAGAAGAAAGAGAACCUAAGCAAGAACAAGAUGAAAGUAAAGAAAGAUCAAGCAGUAAAAAGAAAAGUAAAAAGAAAAAGAAAUCUAAAAGUUCCAAAAAACAUGCACCUAUUAAAUUAAACAUUCCUAAAGACAUUAUUACUAAAUCGGAACUUGAAGCGGCACAGCCUCCAUUGAUUCCGAAUAAAAUAACUAUAUCGCUUCAGUCAAAUACAGUACAAAUUCCAAAAGCACCAGAACCACCACCUACUACUUUGAAUGUAAAAUCAUCACAUCCAUCAAAACCAAAAACUCCGGCAGAUAAUAAGAGAGCCUCUAAAAGAAGAAGAGUUCCUAAUAAGUUUUAUGGUUAUUCAAGUGAUGAAGAAUCAAAUACACCACCAGCUCUGAAACCCCAACUGCCACCAAAACUCGAAUGGAGAAAAGAAGACCUGCCUUCGCCGGCCACCCAUAAAACUAAGAAAGAAAUACCAUCAACCACUAUACCACAAAAGCUAUUUAAUUAUACUGAAACAAUAAGGCUGAAAGCCCCUAUACCAGAUCCUGAACCACCACGAUUCUUAAUGAACUCUGAAUCAAUGGAAUCCAGUGAUUCUGAUUCAAGUCACGAAGGGGCUCUAGAAAUAUACCAACCUAGUGUACAAAAUACCGCACUUCCACCGCAGUCGUAUUUGAAUUCGGGUACAUCGAGUUUACCAUAUGCUUUCCAGAGACCAGCUGUCCGAGAGGCUAAAGAGGGCGAAAGCGUAUACUGCUACUGCAGGUGUCCCUAUGAUGAGGUGUCAGAAAUGAUAGCAUGCGAUGCCGAAGGCUGUCCUAUUGAAUGGUUUCACUUUGAAUGCGUUGGUAUCAUGGUACCGCCUAAAGGCAAAUGGUACUGUCCAGAAUGUAGGAAAAAUCAAAGUCUCUCAGGUUACAGAUAAGUCUAAACACAAUUUAGGUGUAUAUAACAUAUUGUUAUCUGUAUAUAAUUUAUUGAUGAUUGUAGAUAAAUUAGCUUUACCUGUGUAUAUCUUAUUUUAGUUAGGUUGUAUGUGUAAGUUUAGGAUAUUAGGUCUGAAAAUUGUAUCUUUGUUAAUAUAAAAGUACAUGUUAUGCUUGAUCCUGGCUAUGCAGCCAAUACUGUAACCUGGCAAAUUGUUAAUUGAAAUGAACUCAACAUCAAAACAAAAUAUAAAGCAAUUUUUGAUACCAA